AUGCCUCACAGAUCAAUUUCGGUGUCUCUGGCUCAUGGCUUCUGUUGCGAGCUCAGUUUCGUUCCACAGGCAUAACCACACAGGCCGUUGAGUGGUGAAGCACGCACGGCCUUGCUCUCUCGUCACCCUCGGGAAUGUCUUCUGGGCCACAGUCGACUGAGUAGUAGUAUAGUGGCGUGCAAUCUAGGGUGUGGCGGGGCAUGCGCUUGCCUCAGGUGUUAACCCUAACUCCUCAAAGAAACGCUAAAAGGAAUUUCCCUGGCCCUUCCAACCACCACUUAUCUACAUCAUCUUGGUUUCCGCUCCUUCCAGAUGUGUAACGGUGCCAGAAGAUCUAAGCACACUCUGGUUGACAUCGAGUGACACGACACGGUCUAGGGUUACCACAACCCUAAUCCGCCUGUGAAUUCCAGUGUGCGGGAAUCUGCAGGCGACUGGAUGGCUGCCAUGGGACGAGAAAACAGCCAGUUGAGAGAAGAAACGGGAAAUCCGAGCGUCGAUUACGGCGACGGGUGGAGCACGGACGAGGACGAGCCGUCCUUGUUCCGCCCCACGGCCGCCGUGCUCCCCGCGCACACGCGAGGCGACCGCUGCGCACGCGGGCAUGGCGGCGGGGUGGUCCAUCCGAGCUUCGGCGCAGCUCGUGACGGCUGCGGCGACGGGCAGGCCCCUCCCAGCGCGUGUGUGCUCCCCCACUCUCUCCCCGCCUCAACGCCACCCCCGUGGCUGUCGCGUGCACCACCGCUUACGUCCCUGCCUGCUGCUGCCGCCCCCUCCCUGUCUCCCUCCACCCACGCUGCAUCCGCGCCCCCCGUCCACCACGUGCCCGCCCCACCGCCCAUCGUCAUCGCCGUGCCUGCUGCUGCUGCCCCCGCCACCCCCCUCCGUGUCGCCACCCCCCCUCUUCCCCCCAGGCACCCCCCGCACCUUCCCCUCCUGUCCCCUGCCCCGCCACACGCCCUCGCUUGCCACCCCACCCUGCCCUCACCGAUUGGGGGUCCUCUCAGUGAGCCACACGCAGCAGCAUUGCCGCUGCAACCCCCCCACAGCACCAUGCAGCCUUUUCCCUCCUCUGCUGCUGCCACCCCCAUGCUCCCUCUGCCUCCCCCACCGGCCCGCCUCCUACCGUCGCCGCGCCCUCCUCUGCCCAACGCCCCUGCGCCCUCCUCUGCUCCUCCUGACUCGCCUGCCGCUCCCACAUGCAGGCAGGCCUGGAAGACAUUCCCCCCCUCGCUGUUCCUCCCCCGCACCGACCCUCUCGAUGCCUCCUCCCUCCCCUCCCCCACUCCGUCCUCCCCCCCAAAACGCACGCCUUCCCCCGAUCGCGCCCUCACUGGGGGGGAGCAGCCCUCUUCCAACCACCUGUCCUUCCCCCCUGGCUUCGCCUCCACUGCAAAGGCCCCUUUGGCUAUCCCCAAGCCGUCCCACAUGCAACUGCCACCACCACCACCGCUUGCAUCCCCUCGCCCCGUGCUCCCCAUGCCCUUCCCCAUGCCCUUCCCCAUGCCCACCCCCCCUGCGCUCCCCUUCCUGGCACCGCAUCUGCCCCUGCCCUUUGCCCCCUUCCUCCGCCCGUCCAUCCCCCCUGCCGCCCUCUCCCUCCCCAUCGGCCUCUCCUCCCGCCUCCCCCUCGCCUCCCUCUCUGCUGCCGCUGCAGCCGCAGCUGCUGCUGGUGCGGCCAUUCCUGCUGCUGGCACUCUUGGUGGUGGCGUUGCGUCUGUGGGUGCUGGUAAUGUUGGUGUGGCGAUGGAGCCAGGACACGAAGCACACAGAGGCGAAGGGGGCCUGGAGAGGGUGGGGAAGAAAGGAGACGGGGGUGCAUUCGUUGGAGACGAGAGGCAAGGGCGGGAGCAGAGUGUGUUGCAGGGCGAGGCGAGGGCACGGAAGCAAGGCGAGGAGAGGGAUGAGGAGGCAUGUGAGAGGAGGGCGGAGGCGAGCGCUGCUGACGGCAGGGAGGAGGAGGGCGUUCGUGGUGGGUUGGAGGCUCAGGCUUUGGGUGAUGGUGGUGGUGAGGGCGGGGAUGCUGCUGGCGGGCUGAGUGGAGGAGAAGGGGCGUGCAAGGGAGGAGAGGGCGACGAUGUUACAGCAGUGGCUACAGCGCUCCACCGGCCGGUUUCGCCGGGGUCAGAGACAUGCCCUGCCACAAAGGCGGACGGCUCAGCGCCUGGUGCUGCCAAGCCUGCCACGGCAGAGGCUGCUGCGCUUGUGGCAGCGAGUGAACCUGGCAUCUUGGGUUUCAGCGCUCCUGAGGUCGUUUUGGGGAACGUUCCCGAGCCUGUGAAGACAGAGGCCGUGGAGGGUGUGGGCGGCAUAGCAGGCGGGUGCGAGGGUUCUCCUGAGGAGAGUGCGGAUGGUCCCCUGCGAAGGCUGGAUCUGGACCCACGGCGCAGAGAGGCGGGGGGUGGGGGCGAGAUGGAUGCCGGUGGGGGGGAGGAGGGAGGAGGGCAGGAGGGAGGAGGAGCAGGAGGGGGGGGGGAGAAAGAGCAGGAGGGGGAGGAGGAGAAAGAGCAGCUGCAGGAGCAGCAGCCAGAGGGGGAGGAGGUAGGGGAGGGCAGGACGAGAUGUACGGAGAUUGCAGGUGCACCGCUGGCAGUGCUGGAACCAGGUGCUCUCGCCGCCGCUCUGCUCGCCCCCUCUGUCCCCCGCCACGCCCCCCUCAUUAGCGGUCGCAUCUACAUGCGCCGUCGCGCACGCUCUGGCGCUCGCAGCAGCACGUGGGGGGGAGGGGGCGCUGAUAGCAGUGGCGCAGGGGGAGAAGGGGGAGACGGGGGGGAGGGGCACAAGGAGGGGGAGGAGGAAGCAGGACAAGGGGAGGGGGAGGAUGGGCGGGGGGAGGAGGGGCGUGAGGAGGGCGAGGAUGGGCGCAGCAGUAGCUGUGGGGAUGGGGAGGAGGGCAUGGAGCAAGGGGCGGGUGGUGGAGGGGCGAGGACGAGUGGGGGGAGAGGAAGGGGCGGAAGGGGAGGGGCAGUGAGGCUGGAUGCAGUGAGGGAGAGGCUGGUGGGGCGGGCAGCGAGGGGCAGGCGGAGAGGGAGGGGAGGGGGGGUAGCAGCAGCGGGGGCGAUAGGGCAGGAGCUGGCAGUGCGGGCGGCCAUAGCAGAGAGGGCGGCGGGCAGGAGGCGCUUGGAGUUUGGUGCAGAGGUGAGCGUGGAGGGCACCGGGGUGGGUGGUGGGAAGAGCAGGACCCUGGCGGACCUGUGCACGGGCAGCGGGGGGGGGGCAAGGGGAAGGGGACGGGGAGGGAGAGGUGGAAGAAGAAGGGGAGGACGAGGAGAGGGAAGAGGUGGGGAGGGGGAGGGUGAGGUGAGGGUACUGUGGCUGGCUGACACCAGUGUGGCUCCCCGCCCCAUGGGGGAAGGGGAGGGGGAGGGGGAAGAGGGGGGAGAAGGGGAGGAUGAUGACGGAAUGGGAGAGAAGGAAGGAGGAACGCGGGAAGGCGAGCCGGCUGAAAGGAGAGGGAGGGGAAGGAAGAGACAGGCGGGUGGCGAUGGGGAGGCGGCAGCAGAGGGCAGUGGGGAUGAGGGGGACGUGCGCGAGGGAGGAGGUGCAGGUGGUGGGCAGGUGAAGGCUGGAGGGACGCAGGGGGACGAGAGGGAGGAGGAAGAGGAGGAGAACGGGGAGGAGGAAGGAGGGGGGGCAGACGAGGGAAAGGGGAAUGGGAAGGUAGGGGGGGAAGGGGAGGAGGGCGAGGGGGUUGGCCUGGCAGCAGAGUGGAGGAGAGGGAAGCGGGCACGGUGGCAGCCGGUGGUGUCACGAGGGGGCGACGGCGUGGUGGAGGUGCGAUUCAGACAGCUGCCAAACCCCUCCGUGGCUCCCUCUGCCAUUGCCUCGGCUCCUCCUCAUGCUGCUGCUACUGCUGCUGCGAUUGGGCCACGGGAUACUGAUGCUCACGGUGGUGCUGCUGAUACUGGUGGUGCCGAUGCUGUUGCCCCUGCUACUCAUGUUGCUCCUACGAAUGCCGCUGCUACUGGUGCUGCUGAUACUCAUGUUGCUCUUACGAAUGCUGCUGCUACUGCUGCCAUUGCUACUGGUGCUGCUGAUACUGAUGCUGCUGCUACAGGUGCUGCUGAUACUGAUGCUGCUGCUACAGGUGCUGCUGCUACUAAUGCCAUUGCUACUGGUGCUGCUGAUACUGAUGCUGCUGCUACAGGUGCUGCUGCUACUAAUGCCAUUGCUACUGGUGCUGCUGCUACAGGUGCUGCUGAUACUGAUGCUGCUGCUACAGGUGCUGCUGAUACUGAUGCUGCUGCUACAGGUGCUGCUGAUACUGAUGCUGCUGCUACAGGUGCUGCUGAUACUAGUGCUGACGGUGAUGCUGCUGCCGCUCCUGCCCCUCCAGCUGCAUGUGACAUGGGAGUGAUGCACGGGAGAGGAAGGGGGCAGGAGGAGGGAGCAGAUGGUGAAGGAAAGAAGGGAGAGCGCGAGGGCGAGGAGGAGAAGAGUAAGGGUGAGGGGGAAGAAGGGGGGCAGCGGAGCAGAGAGGAGGGGAGGGACGAAGGCAAGGCAGGGACGCAGAUGGGCCUGGAGGAAAGAUGUGCAGGGAGCAAUGACGCUGCCUUUGCUGAUCCUGCUCUUGGUACGGCUGAUGAUGACGCUCGUUGUGCUGAUGGCAGCAUGCCAGCAGCGUCAGCAUCCCGUGACGCAGUACCAGCACGACACGAAGCAGCAGAAGCAGCAUCACACGAAGCAGAAGCAGCAGUAGCAGCACACGAAGCAGCAGCAUCAUCACCCUGCGAAGCACCAGCAUCACAUGCAGCAGCACCAGCACCAUCCCGUACGCCAGCAGCAGCCUCUACUUGUCCCCACGCUGAAGACUCUGUUCCUCAUGCCACCCCACCUGCUAGCUGCGCCACCACCUCCCAUGUCCCCCGGCCUGCUGAUGCCCCUGCACCUCCUUCCCGACCUGCCGCCGCUGCCGUGGUUGUCCCUACCGCUGCCACCCCUGCUGCUACCGCGCCUGCUGCUGCCACCCCUGCUGCUACCGCGCCUGCUGCUGCCACCCCUGAUACCUCCGCGCGUUCUGCUGCCCCUGAGACCACAGCAGCGAGUGCUGGCGCUGUGAGUGGGGACGGGGCUGUGGCUGCGCGUGGUGUGAAGGGGAAGGGGAGUCCUGCGAGGGGCGAAAGUGAGGAAGGAGAGGAGAAUGCAGGAGAUCUGGAUGGGGGAGGGGAGGGGUCAGGGAAGAGGAGGCAGGUGGAGGGGGAGUUGGCCGCGGGGCGAGGAGAGCGGCUUGGUGGGGCGGGUGGGGGGAGUGAAGCAGCAGGAGGGAGGGAGAGAGGGGGAGCGAGGGGGAUUGGGGGGAAAGCAGCGAGUGUGGAUCAGAAGAAGGCAGAGAAGGAGGGCGAGGAGGACAUGCAAAAGGAGGGAGGAAAGGACAUGCAAAAGGAGGGGGGAAAGGAGGCAGCGAGUGAGGGUGGGAGAGUGCAGAGUGAGGCGGAGAGGAGGGCACUGGAGGUGCUGGCGAGGCGGGGACUGGGGGAGGCAGAUAUGAAGGCGCUGGGGGAGAUGAGGCUGCAGGUGGGAAGCAGGAGGGGAAGAGGCCGAGGUGGAGGGCGGGGGAGAGGAGGUGGGGGCCGAGGGGGGAUGGGGAGGGGCAGUGGUCGCGGGGCGAGGGAAGGGGGAGGUGACAGAGAGCAAGGAGAAGGGAAAUCAGCUGCUGCUGCUGCUGCCACUCCUGCUGUCCGCAAUAGUGAUGCUGUUGCUGCUGUUGCUGCGGCUGUUGCUGCGGGUGCCACUGGCAGGGGUACGGAUAAUGGUGGGGGUGCUGCUGCUGCCAGUGGUGGUGUUGGCGGUGGCAGUGGUGGCAGUGGUGAGUUCCAGCUGCUGCUGCGCCUGCCUGACGACAUGCGCCCAGAGGUCCCAGUCAACCUGCACAGCCGCGUGCCCACUCCCGUCCGCCAGCUGCACGUGAGUCGGUGGGUGGAGCGGCAUCUGCGUGCCGUCCCGCCACCCGCCAUUGGUCGCAACGCGCAGACGCGAGCAGCCAUAGCGGCGGGCGUGGUGGCAGAGCGCGCUGUCUUCACCCAGGCGCCCAACAAGCGCCUCUACCUCUCCCUCUCCGCGCGCGCCCUCGCUGCUGCCGCCGCCAACCUCACCUCCUCCUCCUCCACGCCCGCUACUGAAGCUGCCCCCUCUACGGUUCCUCUCUGGUCGCCUGGUUCUUCUGUCCAAGUUGCACUAUCCCCAACCAAGCCAACAGGUUCGGCAACCAAAGCUGCUGAUGAGGGUAGGCCGCUCUCCAUAGCUGAUGCCUUGGCUCGGGCGUCGGUGGCCCGAGCCCUCCGAGCCACAGGCUUGGAAGGGCCCUCGCCGCCUGGAUCUCCAGGGAGGGAGGCGGCAGAGGAGGGGAGGCAGCAGGGGGGUGGGGAGUCAUCGAUACCUGCUACUGCUUUGGAGACCGGGGGCGGGUGUGACCAUGUGAAGUUUGAUGCUGGGGCAGAUAGGAAGGAUGCAGGGGGAGAGGAAUAUGCAGAGAGAAAGCAACAAGUGGGUGAGGCAGAGAGGGGCAGAGAGGGGCAGAGAAUAGGAGCUGAGAGCAAGGCUGUUGCCAUAGCUGGUGGUGCUGCUGCUGCUGGUCCAAGCGGUGCAGCAGCGGCAGCAGCAGCAGCGAGCCCACGGGCACGCAGAGAGCCGGCCACAGUCCCCCCUGCGUCGGACUCGUCUGUGUCGACGGCGUCAGAAGCAGAAGGCGAUGUGGCCGCUGUGCUGGAGAGAGCAGGGGGGGAGCUGAGAGGGGGGGCGGUGGAGGGCAGGGGCACGGAGGGAGAGGGGCAGAGGACCGACAGGCAGGGAGGGGCGAUUGCAGAAGUGAGGGUUGACAUGGUGCGUGCCCCUGGGGGCGGGGAGGGCGAUGCAGGGGAGGUGCUGGACGGGGAGAGUGGGGCGAGUCCAGGUGCAUGCAGGGGAGGUGGCGCCCAGGGUGGCAAAUGGAGCGAGGGGAGUGGGGAGAAGGAAAUCGCCAAGGGAGAAGUGGCAGGUGCCUCCCCUGCCGCUCCGGCUUCUCUGGCUGCUGCUGGUGGGAGCGGCAGUGAGGGGGUGGGGAGGGGUGCGGGUGAGGGUGGAGGCGGUGGGGCCAGCAGCAGCAGUGGGGGCGGGGUGGGUGUGGUGGCGCGGCACAGCAGCAGCAGCACUGCCGUGCCGACGUGCAGCAGCAGUGGAUCGGGGCAGCAGGGGCAGAAGAUGAAAGACCCCGUACUAGGACAGGUGGAGCUGUUUGUGCGCGAGCAUCUGCGGCCGCUGGAGCGCAGCGGGGUGAUCAGUGCGGAGCAGCGGCGAUGGGUGGCGGGCAAGGCGGCGCGCAAGGUCAUGGAGCGCCACGGGGGAGCGCGCUCCGCCGCCUUCCUCGUGAAGGAGGGCGAUGACGUGCGGCGGCUGGCGGAGAAGUACAUCGGCACGUACCACAUGCGCUUCUCCACGGGCACGGGCACGCAGGGGUGAACCCUGCAGAGGCGGUUCAUUCCAACCCUGAAGAGGCGGUGCAUUCCAACCCUGCAGAGGCGGUGCAUUCCAACCCUGCAGAGGCGGUGCAUGACAGCCCUGCAAGGCGGUGGAUACUUAGUUGAGGUGUGGGGUGUGAUGGUGCCCCCCGUGCUUAAGGGACUCCAUCUAUGUUGUGUUGUGCUCCUCGCUAGUCAGAGAGGAGCUUAUAUUUUUAGAAAUGUAGAAAUGCGUUUUUUAUAUAUAUCACCGAUGUUGCUUGUAGCG